ACCCUAUCGUUGGCGCGCGCGGUUCUAUGCCUGGUGAGUGAGUGCCCCUUUGCCGGUUCUUCGAGUCCGAAUCUCAGCACUUCCUCCUUAUCCUCCGUGGUCUUCUCAUCCUCCACCCUCCUCGUCUUCAACGUGAUUUGUCUUUUUAAUAAUAGAUUAUCUUGAAAAAUCCUCAUCCUCGAGCCUGGAUAGAAGGCGAUGCUGUCUCGACUGUACAAGUGAAAAAUUAAUGGAAUGAAGGAGUCUAAUAAUAGUGUGAUAUCUAAUCAUUGGAUUAAUUGCAUAUUAAUUAGCCUGUGACCAAAUUAAAUGGGUCUGUAGUUACGUACAUCUCCAUUAAUCUAUUUCUCAAAUCGAUAUUUUCCUUUAUUAGUAAUGAGUGACUGUUGAUAGUUUCAGUGACUUUUGAAUAUCGCGGAACUGUGAAAAGAGAGUGAAUAUACAGAAUAUUAUUUUAUUCUGUAUUUCAUUAUAGAAAUACGUGAGAUUGUUUGAGAAAUAUACGCGUUUAUCAUCAUUGUCUUUACAACCAUACGCACUUCAGUUGAAGGAUUUGGAAACUGAGCAUAUUUCUUAUAAAAUUGAAUAAGUAACAUCAUUUGGUUUAAAAAAAUACGCCUGUGACGAUUUGGUGCAGCAAGAAGGGAUUAUUGUGACUCGUAGACAAGUGGUGGAAUACUUUUGAGUGGUGCUUUUGUGUAAUGACAGCGUGAGACGACCAUGAUGGAACCAGUCGACGAAGUACCGCCCCCGGUACCAAAGGCGCCGCCCCCAGCAGGCGAUCUCGAGGAACGCCGCAAGUCACUCGGCCUCUUGCGGGAAAUUUCGACCACGUGGUCGGCCGAACCCAACCCCACGCCACACGCCAAGUACACCCUCAGUGAAGAGGAAGGCGCUUGUGGAGGCGGCGCUAUUGAUGUGGUGGCUAUUGAGAAAGAAAGGGGAAAGGAGAAAGAAGAAGAGAAAGAAAAAGAAGAGUCUGUGAACGAUGUGCGGCCCGCCCCCGCCCUAAAGCCACCCCACAAUCCGCCCCCGCGGAUGUCGACCAUGGAAGAGGAGGUGAUCCGUGACCGACUUCGCCUGACGCUGCUCAGGGAGUGCGCUGUCAUCCUGGAUGCCGAGCCCCGCUACACCCGCGACACAUUCCGAAGGGCCUUCUUGAACAAGGAGCUGCUGAGUAAACUGUUCCAACUAUUCGAUCAAGACCGAGAUGGCCAACUCGAUCAAGAGGAUUGGAUUGAGUUCUUGAAGGAGCGCCUCAUCGGAGAGAAGCAGAUCGACCUGGCAGAACAACUGGAGAGCGUGGCCUAUGUGUUAUGUGGAGAGGACACCAUAUCUCUGGACAGGUUCUGUCAACUCUUCCAAGCUAAAGGGAUAGUUGAUAAACUGUACCGGCUAGUGGACACCGAUUCAGAUGGAAUAGUAGCACCUGGACAGAUCAUGGAGUUCCUCUCCAAUUUGACUGUUAUUCGACCUAGAACUGGAUUUGACAAAGGAAACUUGGAAUGGCUUGAACAGCUUUUCAGACAGACUGUUGGAAAUGAAGAGGAAAUCAAAAGAGAGGACUUCAAAAAAAUCCUCAUCACAAAAAAUCCAUUUUUCACCGACAGAGUAUUCGAGAUUUUUGACAAGGACAAUUCAGGCUCUAUAUCCAUGCAAGAAUUCUUAGAAUCGAUGCAUCAAUUCGCAGGGAAAUCCCCUGAUGACAAAAUACGCUUUCUUUUCAAAGUUUAUGACUUAGACGGUGACGGACUAAUUCAGCAUAAAGAGCUGCAGCAUGUGAUGCGAGCGUGUAUGGAAGAGAACGGCAUGCGGUUCAGUGAGGAUCAGAUCGAUGACCUCACCAUGGCACUCUUCGAAGACGCUGACUCGGAGUCACGUGGUGCUAUUACCUACGAAGAUCUCAAAAAUCAAUUAGAGAAGCAUGGAGGUCUGUUAGAAAAUCUAUCAAUCAGCAUCGACCGAUGGUUGGUACCUCCGAAGCCCAAUCAAAAACCAACAUCGAUUCUCAGAAAACUAUCCGAAAUGAAACCAUACCAGUUGUCUCGACCUUACAUGAAGAACAACUAUGUUUAUUUGAUAUUUCUAGCACUGUUUUUAGCUGUGAAUAUCGGUCUAUUUGUAUCAAGAGCAAUAGAAUAUAGGAAUAGUAACUUCUACGUUAUAUUCGCUAGAGCUUGUGGUCAAUGCCUCAAUUUCAACUGUAUGUUUGUGCUUGUGCUCAUGUUGAGGCAUAGUAUUACAUUCCUCAGGACAAGGGGAUUCAGCAGUAUUUUACCUCUAGAUCAGCACAUAUACUUCCACAAACUCACUGGAGUGCUUAUCUUCACAUACAGUGUUUUUCACACCAUCAUGCAUUUGUUGAAUUUCACUCUGGUGGUGGUGAAUGAUGGGUGGCUAAAUGCGAACGGCUACACCGUCUACGAGUGGCUGCUGACCACGAAGCCUGGACUGUUUGGACUGAUAGGCGGCUACGCGAAUCCAACUGGCAUCGCCCUCAUCACCAUACUCACUGUCAUGUUCAUUUGCUCCCAAGCGUUUGUUCGGCGCGGGGGCUGUUUCGAGAUCUUCUACUGGACACAUUUGUUGUAUGUACCUUUCUGGCUCCUACUGCUAGUGCACGGACCCAAUUUCUGGAGAUGGUUUAUUAUACCAGGCAUCAUCUACCUGCUGGAGCGUGUGUUGAGGUUCUCGCUGAUGAGGUCGGACAGAGGAAAGACGUACAUCAGCUCAGGCCUACUGCUGCCAUCCAAGGUCACCCAUCUUGUCAUCAAACGGCCGCCGCAGUUCGAUUACCAUCCCGGAGACUAUGUUUUCGUCAACAUUCCGAGCAUAGCCAAGUACGAGUGGCAUCCGUUCACCAUCAGUUCGGCACCUGAGCAGGAAGGCUAUAUGUGGCUCCAUAUUAGAGCUGUAGGUGAAUGGACUAAUAGGCUGUAUGGAUAUUUCGAGAAGGAGCAGGAAAAACUUCACAACAUAGAUCAAGAGCUGCCAGCAGUGGCUCCGAAAGCGGUUUCUUCUAAUGGCAAUUCAUCGGCCAAUGAUUCCAAAGGAGGAAUCAAAAGGCUCCAGGCGUCCAUUUCAAGGAAAUUCUCUGGACGUGAUAUUAUGGGAAAUCAAAGAGGAAGAAUGGUUGUUUUCAAGAAAGAAAUCACUGGUUAUAAUAACGAAGGCUACAUAAAGGAGGAUUUGCAUGGGUCUAAUGAUAGUGAUCUAUCACAAGUUUCCAGUGCAAGUACCGCUGAUGUGUCUAGUCUUCCCGGAGGCGUUCGAAAAGGUGCUCAAGCAAAGAAUCUGCACAAGCUUCUGCUCUCCAGCAAGACUCCUUUGGCCAAGUCACUCUCUAUGCCUGACAUGGAAAAUCGAGUUAAAAAGAAAGAGCGUCUCCUAGCAUUGCGAGAAUACAUGCGCUCAGAGUCAGAGAAGAGUUUUGAUGAGUGUCAAAUGCGUCGCGCUAGGCUGCAGUCGCUGGGAUUGGCUUACUUGAGUCCGCAGAAUAAGUCCUUGGCGCAAAGCUUUAGAUACAUGCGCAAUAAGCCGACCAUUAUUGCGUUCAAAACUCCUAGUUUAGAGAACUGUGACGCCAAAUUGUCUGCGCUAUCCAUUCUUAGCAGACAGGCAAGUGGUUUGUUAGGAACUUCUAGCUCCGAAAGAGAUGUCGAAGAAGGCCGAAAUCAAGGAAGCAGUUCGCACUCGAGCAAACCGUCACAAAUCAACUAUCCUGUUGGAAAACCAUUAGAAAUCUACCUUGAUGGGCCCUAUGGCGCUCCUUCCAGUCACAUAUUCAGAGCACAGCAUGCCGUACUGAUAGCCACAGGCAUUGGAGUGACUCCCUUCGCCUCCAUUCUGCAAUCCAUCAUGCAUCGCUACUGGAAGGCCCGACACACGUGUCCCAACUGCAAGCACACGUGGGCCAGUCAAAUACCUCCAUCAGUUAUGCAUUUGAGAAAGGUAGACUUUUUCUGGAUCAACAGAGAUCAGCGAUCUUUUGAGUGGUUUGUGAAUCUACUGUCUCAACUGGAAAUCGAGCAGGCAGAGCUGGGGGGUGCCAUGGAGCGCUUCCUCGAAAUGCACAUGUACAUCACGUCUGCGCUGCAGAAAACUGACAUGAAAGCCGUCGGACUGCAGCUCGCUCUAGACUUGCUACAUGAAAAGGAAAAACGGGACCUAAUAACAGGAUUGAAAACUCGAACAAAUGCGGGUCGACCCAAUUGGGACAAAGUGUUCAAGCAAUUGCGUGACCAGAAGAAAGGAAAAGUGACAGUAUUCUACUGCGGACCUCCCCAACUUGCCAGAAUCCUAAGGCUGAAGUGUGAUCACUACGGAUUCAGUUUUAGGAAAGAAGUAUUCUAGUUCACAUUGUUCUCAAUGGAGCAAGAACACGUAUCGUCUCGAGCUACCUGGAAAGAACUGAUUGUUACCAUACCUGUAAUCAGAUUAAAAAUAUGCCGUUAUUAAUUUAUUUGUGUAUUUUUAUAUUGUUGAGAAGAAUGUAGUGUUGUUGAUGGGUCGUCACUUUUAUCGGCCCACAAUGAGUCAAAUAAUGUUUUCUAAAGUACUCUUUUUUAAA